CAUAGUGUAGCCAGUUGCAGUUAGGUACAAACUAAAUUUAAAAAAAAUGGAAAAUCCAACAGAUAACAAUGAAGAACCAAUGAUCACUCUAACAGAAGAAGAACAAGACGAUGAAAAAACUGAUUCACCGGUGACCGGAGGCAGCGUAAGCGGUGGCGGAGGAGAAACGGUGGAAAACGGUGGUGGGUCUGGCGGCAGAGGGAGUAAAAAGAGUAGAGUUCGAGGACCGUGGUCGCCGGAGGAAGAUGCAGUGUUGACUGAUGUAGUGAGUAAAUUCGGAGCAAGGAAUUGGAGUUUGAUAGCACGUGGCAUACCGGGGCGGUCGGGAAAAUCUUGUAGACUACGGUGGUGUAAUCAGCUUGACCCUUGUCUUAAGAAGAAGCCCUUUACUGAUGAGGAGGAUCGUAUUAUAAUUUCGGCCCAUAAAAUCCAUGGAAAUAAAUGGGCAGCAAUUGCGAGGCUUCUGCCUGGUAGAACCGAUAAUGCAAUCAAGAACCACUGGAAUUCUACUUUACGGCGCAGACACUUGAGUCAAGGGAGGUUUAGACAAGUGCGUAGAUAUGCGGUAGAAGAUAAUAGCUACGACAAAACAAAGGCAUCAUCAGAAGAAACGCUAUUGGUUGGUGAUACCAAUUCAGUUGAGCCCCCAGAUGGAAGAGAUGCCGCUAUUGAUGACCAACCUAGCCAGCAAGAGGACAAACCAGUAGAAAACAAUGUUCUUCAAGUGAACACGAACACAGUUCAUUAUGCUGCUGAACCAAUAGUGCAACCGACAAUUCCUCGUCCAAAGGCACGGAUUAGUGCAUUUAGCGCUUAUAAUCCUACUAGUGGGUCGAAAGUUGGAUUUCCAAAAACAAUUCCAACUCAGAUUCCUCUAGUCCAACCUUCAAAAACCGACUUGGGAGUCUGCAAUUUCUUUGAAGAUGUUCGCGGCGAUCCCAUUGUUCCGUUGCAAUGCGGGCAUGGUUGUUGCGAGAUGCCAAGCGAGAAUUGUUCUCAAAGCUCACUGUUGGGUCCUGAAUUUGUUGAUUAUGAGGAGCUUCCUUCUUUCUCAAGUCAAGAAUUAAUUUCAAUCGCUACAGAUUUGAACAAUAUCGCAUGGAUAAAGAGUGGCCUCGAGAAUAACAAUAAUGGAAUACCGGGCAAUGCCACUGCUAGCUAUGUAAUGCCUCAAGGGGCGGCUGUCGGGUCACAAAUCGGAAUAACAGAACAGAGUUCGAGAAAUGGUCCUAUAUCAAAUAAUGAGGGAAGGAACAACUUGAUGGGCAUGAGAACCGAUACUUACUCGACGCAGAUGCCUGCACGGCCUUUUGCUUUACGCACUCAAGUCGAGAGCUUGAGCUAAACUUAGAGGUCAAGAUCUUUAUAAAUCUAGGCAAGUUUUUCAAAGUUUACACAUGAAAUUUUUCAGAAAUGGGCUCUGGGAUCUCUCAAGAACAUGUAAAGACCUUUCUAUGCAUAUGGCAUAAAUCUUGUUUCAAAUCAUUGUUUGAAAAUCGAACCGGUGGCUGAACAAGUAUGGACUGGUUAAAUAGUUUAAUUGAUUCAAUUCAACCACGGAAUCAAUUAAAAUAAAGAUAUUUAUAAAACAUAUUUAAAGCUUAA